AUGCCCGAACAAGCAGUUGCUGUGGCUGGAGGUAUAAUAGGAGGGAUCCUUUUAUUUGUUCUCCUUGGGAUAACUACAUAUCUCCUCUGGAAAAAAAAUUGCUGCCUCUUUUCUUAUGAAAAGCUCAUCAAUCCUGUCAAAACAACAAAUGCAAGUGCCUUUUUUCAGGAUCAGGCAAAUUCUGAAGUUCAACUAAAAAGCACAAGCAGAUCCAGAAGUAUUCCAUUUAUCAUUCCACCAACACUGCAUGGGGGAGACUGGAUUCACCUGACGAAUGAAGAACAGGUUCAGGAAGACAGGGACCCCUACAUGACCCCUCACUCUGGGCCACGGUCAUCAUUUCAUUCUUUGGCUGGAGCUUAUGUUGUAGGGACCAUUAACCCAGAUCUGUACAAGUUUCCUGAAGACAAAAGUGAAACGGAUUUUCCUGAUGGCAACAUUGGCCGCCUCUGGUUCUCCAUAGAAUAUGAGCAAGAGUCAGAAAGGCUCCUGGUCUCCUUGAUCAAAGUCAGAAAGCUGCAGCCUCCUGCUGAUUCCUGUAGUCCAUUUGUGAAAAUCUACCUGCUGCCUGAUGAAAGAAGCUACCUGCAGUCCAAAACAAAACAUAAAACUCUUAACCCCCAGUUCGAUGAAAACUUUGUUUUUCAGGUUUCCAGUAAAAUCUUGCUACAAAGGACAUUAAAGUUUUUGGUUUAUCGUGUUGAUAAACAGAAGAAGCAUCAUCUCCUAGGCCAAGUUAUCUUCCCACUAAAAAAUGCAGCAUUAACUGAGGAUAACAAACUAGUCAUAUGGAGAGAUCUGGAGAAAGAAAACUUGGAGCCUCCUUCAGAGCAUGGUGAUAUCCAGUUCUCCCUGAGCUACAAUGACUACCUGGGGCGUCUCACUGUCGUGGUUCUGAGGGCAAGGGGAUUAAAGCUCCACGAGGAGAGCCCUGCUGUUGGUGUGUAUGUCAAAGUCUCACUAAUGAACCAUAAUAAAUUCAUCAAAAGCAAAAAGACAGCAGCUCUUCUGGGAACUCCCAAUCCUGUGUACAACGAAACCUUCAGUUUCAAGGCAGAUCAGACAGAGCUGGAUACAGCAAGCCUGAGUCUAUCUGUGCUCCAGAGUAACAAAGGAGAAAAAACGCUUCUGCUGGGACGAGUGGUAAUUGGGCCUUUCAUGUACACACGUGGCAAAGAACUGGAGCACUGGAAUGAGAUGAUCAGCAAGCCCAAGGAGCUGGUGAAACGAUGGCAUGCUCUCUGCCACAGCACCUGAGCAGCACUGAGAA